GCUGCUAAGUGGGUUUGUUUGGGUUUAAAGAGCUGAGUGAUGAUCGAGAAGGACGCGAAAGCUCAAAAUGAACAUAUUACACAAAUAGGGCGUGUGAUUGGUGAGAGUUCAGGGGUUAAAGGUGAGCGGUCAUGGAGGUUCGUGUGGGCAGUGUAGUGUUCGGCUCAAGUUUUGAUUCUGGGAACCUGAGCCGUGUAGAGAAGGUAGACUCCCCCGCCUCUGACGCUGCCAGCCACGCCCCCACAACCCCUAGCAAUGCCCCCGACUACGAGUUCAAUGUGUGGACGCGCCCCGACUGUGCCGGGACAGAACAUGAGAACGGAAAUAGGUCCUGGUUCUACUUCAGUGUGUGUGGGGCGAUGCCAGGGCGGCUGCUGAAGAUCAAUGUGAUGAAUAUGAACAAGCAAAGUAAACUGUACAGUCAGGGGAUGGCCCCUCUCGUACGAACGGUUCCUGGUAGGACACGAUGGGAGAGAAUACGGGAUAGACCCACAUACCAGAUGGUGGACAAUCAAUUCAUCUUGUCAUUUACCCAUCGUCUGCUGGAGGUGAGAGGAGCGACCACCUUCUUCUCCUUCUGCUUUCCGUUCUCCUACAGCGAGGGCCAGGAGCUGUUGGCCCAGCUGGACCACAGCUACCCCGCCACAGACACUCUCACACCCAGUUGUGGGGAUACUGUGUACUACCACAGGGAGGUGUUGUGUCACUCUCUGGACGGUAACAGAGUUGACCUCCUGACGGUCACUAACUGUUACGGGAUGCAGGACGUCAGGGAGCCCCGUCUGGACAAACUGUUCCCCGAAACGGAGACCCCGCGACCUCACCGCUUCGCUGGAAAACGGGUGUUUUUUCUUAGUAGCCGUGUUCACCCAGGAGAGACUCCUUCGUCGUUUGUGUUUAAUGGUUUUCUGAGUUUCAUACUUCGCCGGGACGACCCCAGAGCUCACGCACUGCGCAGCAUGUUUGUCUUCAAACUCAUUCCUAUGUUAAACCCAGACGGGGUAGUCCGUGGUCACUACAGGACUGACAGUAGAGGAGUGAAUCUGAACAGACAGUAUCUGAACCCCAGUCCUGAACUCCACCCCUCCAUCUAUGCUGCCAAAACACUGCUUCUUUACCACCAUAGACAAAGCCACAGAGUGCACACACACUCCAACACACACUCCAACACACACUCCAACACACACUCCAGCCCACACUCCAACACAGAUCCGCCCCUCUGCACCAAACCCACCAAUCAGAGUCCAGCAUCCCCCCUCAGCCCUCUGGAACACAGCCUCAACCAACGAAAUGCAGAGAAAGACUCUAUCCCCGCCCGCUCAGAGAUUACUAUGGUUACAGAGGAGACCCCACGGGUAACUAUGGAGACCAGGAAGGGGGAGAAACAGGAGGAUGGGGGGUGCUGUGAAGAUGAGAAUGAUUGGCCGACUGUCUUGGAGAACACGCCAGAAUCUUUACCCAUGGAGCUGUCACUCACACUUGGGGACCCAAUCCCUGUGCAGGAAGGGGGAGUGGCAUACUAUGUGGAUCUGCAUGGCCACGCCUCCAAACGUGGAUGCUUCAUGUAUGGCAACAGCCUAUCAGAUGAAAACCUACAGGUGGAGAACAUGUUGUACCCUAAACUGAUAGCUCUGAACUCUGCCCAUUUUGACUUCCUGGGUUGUAACUUCUCUGAGAAGAACAUGUAUGCCCGCGACAAGAGAGACGGACAGAGCAAAGAGGGCAGUGGUCGCGUAGCCAUUCAUAAAGCUACAGGACUACUACACAGCUAUACACUGGAGUGUAACUACAACACAGGGAGGUCAGUGAACGCCGUCCCUCCUGCCUGCCAUGACAACGGACGAGCAUCACCCCCCCCUGCCCCCUCCUUCCCCCCGAAAUACACCCCUGAGAUAUUUGAACAGGUUGGGCGUGCGGUUGCCAUAGCAGCCCUGGACAUGGCUGACUGUAACCCCUGGCCCCGCCUCAUCCUGUCAGAACACAGCAGCCUUAACAAUCUCCGUGCCUGGACUCUCAAACACAUCCGCAACAGUAAAGGCCUCAACACACAUGCUAACACACACGCCAACACAAACACCAACGCGCACAACCAGCCACGCUUACACAGGAACGGCAGCAAGGCAUCUCCACCCAAGAACUUUAGCACGCCUAUGUCCAGCUCUGCCUCAGAUACGGCUCUGAGUGGUGUUCACUGUGACGGCCCCAGCAGGCCGAUGCCCUCCUCUCAGAUACCCACCUCCCCCAGCUUCACCUUCGGAUGCACACACACACACUCACGUGCACACAACAACACACGUGCACACAACAACACACACAGCACCCGUGGAGGUAGCAAGGCACUCGGACCAGUCAGAGACACUAAUCCUCAGGAGAGGAGACGCCCCUCCCACCACCACCACCACCACCGCACUGUCCUCCGGGCGUCUCCUAGCAACAGCCACCCCCCCGGCCCGAACCGCCCUCCACCAUCCCCCACCUCCUCUUCCUCCUCCUCGUCCUCCUCAGUGGCGUCCUGUCCUCUCUCAGGUCUGUACUCCCUUCAGACGCCCAGCCUCUCCACCCUGCUGCCCUCCCUGCCCUGCCUGCACCGACCUGGGCUGCUCUCCAAACUGAGCCCCUUGCUCCCGUCCGGCCUAACCUCAUCGCUAGCCUCCCUCAUCUCAGACAAAAGUACCCCUGCAGCACAGACUGGGCCCAACUCAUACUGAGACACACACUCUCCCAAACUUAUCUGAAGUGAGAGGUUGUAUUUCGUUUUUCUAAUAAAGACAGUGAAGCUGUGUGUGGACGAGUCUGUGUGCGUUUCCCCUUCUUGGGUCUUUGAAAUAUAUGUGUAUAUAUUUCCUCUUUAUUGUAUGUGCAUUUCUUUCUGUAUGUAAUUUUCUGUCUCCUUAUUCUCUGUAUUUUUAGGCUUUUAACAAUUUCUCUCAGAUUCCUCUCACCUCAUCCUAUUAUCUUUGGUUGAUUCCUCCAACCUCACCUGAUAGUCAUGGUUUGUUGGGAUGCUUUACGAAUCUCUGAAAUAUCAGGCCUUCGAGUCUGAAGUCCAAGAUGGACUUGAUGACAGCUAUGUUUUGUCACUGACCUUUCAUUAUUCCAACCAAAAUAUGGUAAAAGCAGACAUUUACAACUAUGUGAGAAUGUGGCAGGUUAUGAAGCCACUCCAGCUCAACACACUCCCAGCUAAAGUAUGACUGGUUGGCCUAGAUAGCAAAGUGAGUCAUGGGAAAGUAAUGUACCUUGUUGGUCCAUUUAAUCUAGCUUUCAGGUGCAUUAUCAACCUUCAGAAAUACAGCUCCCUGAGGCACAGAAUAUUAGCUGGUAAAAUGGGAAAAUUAUUACACAUUAGACAAUGGAAAAAGGUGCUAAACCCUGGUCUUGCGUAUUCUUCACAAUCCAGAGCCAAAAGCCAAAACACUUGUGUGCUUUUGGCCAACAUGAACUAAAACACGCCAAAAUGUAAAAUAACAGACACUCAUCAGCUACAGUUUGGUUUAGUAUUCAGUUACAUUCUAGCUUACUAAAAACGUUAGUAUGCUAGAAUGUAAUUGUUCACAUUUCAAAAACCUACAUAUUCCUAAAGUGUUUACCAAAUGGCAGCUAACAAAUUCCAGAAGAGGCAUCCAAAUGUACCAUUUAUUCCUGCCUCCUUGUGUCUCUGACUCUUCCCACUGUAAGCAUACCAAAGAUGGAGGAUACAUAAUGGAGAUAGUUGGCUUGCUGUUGACCACUAAGAAGAAAAAAAAAGAUGAGCAGGCAUCUCUGCUUCUUUUCCAGGAUGGCACUGGACCACUAUUAUGACUGUAGUAGCAUUAUUAGUCACAUCAUAUUGUACUUUAGGCAUUAUGGAACGUUUCAGUAAAAAACUUAAUUAAGUCUAUAAUGGAAUAUCUUUCAGUGUCGUAUGUCUUAUGUGGAAUAUCCAACAGAAUGUGUUUCAGUAUAGUGUCCUACUCUAUUUAAUUAUAUUUUACCAUUAUUUAUACAGACAAAUCAUGCUGAGACUGGUAUCUGUUACAGUUGAGCCCUGUAAUACAGCAAUAAUGAUAAAAACAUUUAAAAUAUAAAAUGUUAAGUUCCUAGCUAACUAAAGUGUAUAUAAGACAAGGAUGAAGGUUGGAACACAAUGCUACAUAAUGUUUUUUAAAGAGAGAGGAUAAUCUAAGCAAAUUCUGAGGUAUCUAUAGGAAGGAGCCUGUUCUGGAACAGAACCAUCAAUUGAGCCAGGUUGAAAUCAUCCAGUUGUAGAUUUUAGUACCUUGAGAACGGCAUAUACAAGCCUCAGCCUGUGUUACUAAGAUUCAAUCAUCUUGGCAUUGUUGGGUUCUCCAAGUGGUCUGCCUGUGUAGAACAUCAUGCUAGUUCUGUACCAGGAGAGACACAUGCACACUCCCAACAUGUUUCCCAUAUUGUUUACACAUUAGCAGACAGCCUCUGUGUUGUUCUGGUGUGGUGUCCUAACUUCUAAUUCCACAUUGAUUGUGUAUCUGGUAUAUCUAUCUCUACGUUGCUGUUGUGGUAUAUCUACUUCUAAUUUGAUUUUCUGGUAUAUGUAUUUCUAUUUAGUGGUUCUCAUAAAUCUAUGUUGCUUUAGCUCCUCUCUUUGUGUGACCUCUAACCAAUGAAUAAAGGAGAAAACUACAGACUUGCGCCCUUCUCUGUUGUCUGUCUUUCUGUCUGUGAAAGUUUAAUAGAGAUACAUUUCUUUCAUCUUGUUACAAACACACACACACUGGAAGUAGAUGAUCUGUAAUUGGGUGAGAGAGCUAUCAUUUAGCUCAGUGAUGUAUACCUAUAAUUGUCAUGGUGACAGGGACAUUGUUCUCAGCCCGAUGGUGCCGCUCAGUCUUGCGUGUGUUUAUUUAAUGACCCGCGUGUUUCAUUCUCAUGAUGGUUUACUUCCUGGUUGUUUGUGACGCUCCACCC